GCACGUAGACGCGGCGUUCCCAGGACAACGAAACGCCAAACAAACGGACGCUUCAGGUUAACUACAGCUAAAUACUCGCCCGUGGAGACUGUGUAUCAAAACUCCAAGUUAAUUCAUUCAAAGUUGUUUACUGUUGAACAGUUGAGAGGAGUUAAGUCAAGAAGGCGGGAAUCGACGAAGACCACCGCAAACAUGAGUCGUAACUGGGCGUACAACCAGCAGAGGCUAAUGUCUCAGCGCCAGAGUCAGGAGCAGCACAGGCAGCAGGAGGCCAGGCGGGUGGACAGAGAGAGGCAGCUGCAGGCCGGGCUGCGGGACGAGGACAGCUUCGACAGGAAGAGACACCUGCGACAGGUGCAGCAGGAGCUGAAGGAGAGAGAGAUGGAGAGCGCGCUGCUGAGGGCAGAGGAGGAGAGAAUAAACCGAGAAAAGCAACUCGAACAAGAGGAGAGAAUGGCUAAAGAGCUGGCCCGCAUCAACUAUGAAACGCAAAGGGAAGAGAAAAUGAGGCAGCAUAUUAAAGAGAACAGCAUGGAGCUCCGAGAGUUGGAGUCAAAGCUGAAGUCGGCAUAUUUGAACAAGGAAAGAGCUGCACAGAUUGCUGAGCAGGAAGCCAUGAGGUUUGAGACAAUGCGCGAGGAGGCAGACUUUGCUCGCCAGAUGAGGAGCGAACAUGAACGAACAGCUGCUGAGAAGCAGAAGCUAGAGCAGAAACGCCACGAGGAGCUGGUGCAGCACCAGAAAGAGCUGGAGCAGCAGCUCAUGGAGAGGGAGCACAAGAGACAAGAGGCGUACGAGGAGUUCCUCAAAGAGAAGCUCAUGGUUGAUGAGAUUAUCAAGAAGAUUUACGAAGAGGAUCAGAUGGAGAGACAGCUGAAACUGGAGAAGGUCAGAGCUACUCAGCAGCACAUUGAAGAAUUUAAGAGACAACAGGCCGAGUGGAGACGCAUGGAGCAAGAAAAGAUGGAGGGCGAGAACAAGCGCAUCAUGGAGUUUGCGAGUCAACAAGAGCAACUGGAGGAGACCAGAAUGGCUAAGAUCAGAGAGAGAGAAGAAGCAAAGGAGCAUCUUCAUAAAUUACUGUCUGAGAAGAUGGAAGAGGAGAGGCAGCAGCGUGAAGAGAUGGAGCGAGUCCGUGAGGAACUUUAUUUAGAAGAACAAGAAGAGGCUAACAGGCAGAGAGAAAUUGAAGAAAUGGAGAAGAAAAUCCGACAGAGGCUGAUGAUGCAGCGGACCUGCCAGGAGGAGAUGGCUUUCAAAGAGAUGCGGAGGCAGGCGGAGAAACAGGAAGAGGAAGAGUUUAGCAAAAUGAUGAUGGCUCAGUUUGCCGAGAACGAUCGCAUAGAGCAGAUGAAUGCCCAGAAACGCCGCAUGAAGCAGCUUGAGCACAAACGCGCGGUGGAGAAAAUGAUGGAGGACAGACGACGGCAGCGCAAGGCUGAUAUGGAACUGGAGGCCAAAGAAAGAGCCAUCGAGCAGGAGAGGGAGGCGCUGCGUAGGCAGAUAGUUGAAGAAGAGAGGCAGCGACUUCUUAAGAGGCACGCAACAAAACUCCUUGGAUAUCUUCCAAAGGGCUUGCUCCGUGAAGAUGACCUGCAGCACUUUGAUGAAGACUUCAGAAAAAACUUUAAAGCACGUCAGGCAGAUAUCUUCUCUGAAGACGGCUGGGAGGGAGAUGAUUAGAUUUUUUUCUUCUGAUAUUGUUCACCAUGCCACUUGAAGCAGUGAACCAAGUAGUAAUUUUAGGGAGUUGUUAAUCUCUCAGUAUACAUGAUAGCACGUGUUUAGCAUUCAGUAACAACACAUUGAUUUAGAGUCAUGUUUUUAUUGGACUGUGCUGACAGGAUCUUAAUUAAAAUCAUUCCAGACAAGA